CUCCAAAAUGUUCCGGGUUGUCGGUAUAUAUUCAGCGGUUUAAACCAGUUGGAUUUUCAUUGAAGAGCGGAUUUCAUUUGAAGCAGAGUCAGUGCGUUAUUCUCUUCAACGGCUCACCAGCAGUCAGCAUGAUGGGCCGUUUCCCCAAUGGUUUGGUUCUUGUUGUGGUCCUGGGCUUGGGGCUGACAACAUCUUACAAGAUUGAUGACGCUUUCCCGUCGGAAUGGGAAAAGGACACGGUAGAAGACAUGACCGAUGAAAUGAACCGGCUGGAUAAACUGAAAAAUAAGAAGAAAGACGAAGAACAAGCGAAACGCGUGGCUUCGCCAGGCUCAGGCGACUUCCUCGAAAACAAGAUGCUGGAGUUUGUAGAUGAUUGUAAGUUGGACACCCAAAACAAGAUUCCUGAGAAAGAGAUAGCCGAGAAGAGAGAGGCGUUCCUGAAGGCUCUGAACAAAGACUACCAGAUACUACAGCACGGAAAGGGGUCCAUCGCAAGUGACGAAUCGUGGCUGAAGGCAAGACAGAGUGAAGUCUGCGGUGCUUGUGUCCUAAAAAAACUUUGUGCAGAGUCGGACGUUUUGACUCAUUUGAACAUCGAUACAAACAGUGAUGAUCAAGUAAGGGCGUGCAAGUUGAAAGUACUCGAGUAUUUUGCCGCCGAAUUACACGACGAAGAACCAGACAUCAACUGUAACGAGAACGCCCGUUUCCGAACGAUCGAUGGAACAUGCAACAAUCUUGCUAACCCUCGCUGGGGGUCAGUCGGAGACAAAUUCUUGCGCCUCGAACCCGCUGAUUAUGGCGACUGUGUGUCGACUAUUCGCAGAGCGAAAAGUGGAAAUGAGUUGCCGAAUGCCAGGAAUGUAAGUAUUAAUGUCAUCGGCAGCAACGACUGCCCACACCCCAAUAACAACGUAUUGACUCAUUUGACCAUGAACUUUGGCCAGUUCAUGGAUCAUGACAUCACGCUGGCUGAGGCACAGGGACUGAAUUGUGAACCAUAUAACAUCAACCCGGAGUGUAUCAAUAUUGAAGUUCCAGAAGAUGAUGACAUAUUUCGUGAUAGGGGUGUAACCGAGUUUGAAUUUGAGAGGGAUGCCCCGCAUAAACCCAACACCGAUUGCACACCGAUAACCCGGGAGCACAGUAACGUAAUAACGGCCUAUGUCGACGGGUCUAAUGUUUAUGGCUCAAACAUUUCGCUGCUUGAAGAACUACGGGCGCCUGACGGCCGAAUGCUAGUUAUGAAGCCUCCACAUGGCUGCCCCAUGGCGAAUCUGUUGCCUGCACAGCCGCCUGAAGUGGUGUGUGAGUCAAGAGACCCAAACAGACCAUGUUUUCAUGCCGGAGACGAACGAGUAAACGAAAAUCAAGGCCUCAUGUCAGUUCAUACAAUUUUUGUUCGUGAACACAACCGAAUUGCUGACUAUUUUGGUGAGAAUACCCGGUGGGGCCCAGAGAGAAUUUUUCAAGAAACUCGAAAAAUCGUUGGUGCGGAGCUCCAAGUCAUAACAUACGGAGAGUUCCUGCCUGAAAUCCUCAGCAGAAGAGUGAUCAGACAGUUUGAUCUCAGGCUGCUGGGGGGAACCCGGUUUUUUAAUGGUUACGACCCAGCCGUGAACGCUCAAAUGACCACCGCCUUCUCAGUAGCUGCAUACCGAUUUGGACACAGCCUGAUUCAAAACCAGUUCAGUCGCUUCACUCAAGAAGGAUUCGAGCACAAAUGCGACUGCGACGCGAAAUUGGAGUACUUGCCUAUCCCACUAUGCGACUUUGGCAACCCAACCUACUUAUACGACAAGUGCCAGGGGGCAGUGGAUUCCAUUUUUAGAGGCUUGAUGAAGGAUCCAGCGGCAACGAUUGAUAGAUGUCUCGUCGAAUGUGUACAAAACUCUCUUAGCAGAGGUCCAGGCGACUUGGUUGAUCUCGCUUCCCUUAACAUUGCACGAGGGCACGAGCGUGGAAUGCCGGGUUACACGGUAUUUCGAAACCGCGAGGAAUGUGACAUCGAACCAAAGGUGAACUCAUUUGAUGAUCUCUUAGCUGCCGGGUUCGCCGAAGCUGACGUCGAGAACCUCAGGAAUACCUAUGAGUCAGUACACGACGUGGAUCUUUUCCCCGCAGGCUUAGCAGAACCUCCAUCGGAGGACGGAGGUCUUGUGGGUCCUACCUUUGGCUGUAUUAUAGGCGAACAAUUCGGACGCCUCAGAAAAGGAGAUCGUUUUUGGCACGAGAAUGAACCGAACGCAGCACUGAACACUGACAGAACGGCAUUCACUGCUUGCCAGCUACGAGAGAUCAGAAAGAUUACCCUUUCCAAGGUCAUCUGCGCUAAUAGCGAAGAUAUUCCCUACGUCACCAGGCGAGCGCUGAGACAAUCCAAGAUCUUCGUAGAAUGUGACAAACUUCCUGAUAUAGACCUUGAAGCUUGGUUGCCACGCUUUGAUUGCCCGGAGAACAGCAGUGCUUCCUCCGAUUCCCCCGAUUCCGCCGACGACGAUACCUACUGGUAAAGAGGAUCAUACCAAUGAGGAAAGAAAAGAAGUUGGUUAAUCAUACAUAUUCACUCAAAACUAGCUUUUUUGAAAAACUGUUUUCGUUCUAGAUUAGAAAAGUGGGUCUGUUUUGCUGGGUUGAAUUCCACAAUCACAAUCUAGUAUUUAGCCAUCAGUUUUAUACUGCGUCGAGAAUAAAGUACAUAAAAGCAUUUUCAAACACAGCUAGAACCUUGAUGUAAAAGAGUUAGAAGUGUUUUGUUUUUCCAGUUGGCAUUAGGGUCUAUCAAACAUUUUGACAACAGCUGGGGUGGCUGCAGUAGUAAAAUCCUCUUCCAUUAGACAAUAAUGGCUUUGGCGUAGAGAGUAGCCUUUGUCAUAGUGCUUAUGUUCGAAGUGAAAUCUUUUUUGUUUUUGUUUUGUCAUUCAGUCUUACCUAUAACAAAUUUCUCGAUUUUGCUUGGUCCUUCGCGUGCCUAUUUGUCACGUGAUAGGGGCGUCAGUGGCCAUGUAGGUCCAGAUUACAAGCAACAGGCCAUCUUUCUCACAUGACUCCAAGGCUUUCUGACCAAAAUUGCGAAAUAUAAUUUAGGAUAGAUCUAGGAAACAGAGCCAUAUCGACACACAACAUUCUAGUCAUUUUUCAUUGAGUAAUUCGGUCUUUUGUAAUGAUGAUUAAAUGAAUAAAAACCUUAAGAAAACCGC